CAUGUUCGAGACAUCUUCUUAGCACCAACCUUGCAAUUUCAUAUCUCUCUCAAUGCAAAAUACAAAACCUACAACAACAAACAACCCUCUUAACGCGCUCUACGCCAACUCCAUAAAAAAACCCAUUAAGAAACUAAAAUCUUUAUUUUCUUGAUGGUCGUCGAGCAUGGAAUUAGAAUUAACUAACAGAAUCAAGAAUAUUGUAACGGACUCGGAAAUGGUAGCCGCGCAACAGCUGAUGCAGCUAAGCGACGAGGAUAGUAACAACGGGAUUAAGAAGAAGAAUAUCGAUGAUGAUAACGAGUUGGAUCGGAGCAGCCAAGACGAGAUAACUUCGAAGAAGAUCGAAGAGAUUUUCGGUAAAGAAGAAGAAGAAGAAGAAGAAGAAGAAGGGCCAAGAAGGAAAAAAUAUAGGUCUAUUCAGAGUAUUUACAGAACCACGAAGCCAAUAAUCAAGGUUAGAUAUAAUGGGAAGCAGCAUUAUUAUAAUGAUAUUAAUAAUAUUAAAAUGGUCAGGAGCAGGAAACCCUAAUGGAGAGAGGUUAAUGAUGAUGUUAGAGCUAGCAAGUAUUUAGUUAAUUAAUCUAUUGUAAAUAUUUAAUAAGUUUUGUUUUGCUAGGAAAAUUAACUGAGAAUUGGAGAUAUUUUUUU